CAUUCGGGUCUGUAGCCGAACGUAGCAGGACGAAGUGCCCUCCAGGUUUGAGGACACCUGGCAUCAAAUUAUUCAUCCUACUACACGUAGUUGAAGCACAGAUGUCCAAUCAAGUCAGGUUGAGGCUGCUGCCCAGCGCCAGGUGUCUGUUCGAUGAGCCCGUCCAGGUGAAAGUGGCCGGUCUGAGGUCCAAGCAGGUGGUCACCAUGAGAGCCAGAUCCACAGAUGAGAAGGGAGUGGUCUUCAGCUCCUCGGCCACCUACAGGGCAGACAGCAGCGGGGAGAUCGACCUGAGCAGAGACGCCUCCGUCAGUGGGAACUACGUUGGGGUCGAGCCCAUGGGUCUGCUGUGGUCUAUGAGGUCAGACGUCUUGCACAAGAGGUUUCAGAAGACAAACUCCCUGAAUCCCCAUGUGGUGAACUUCUCAGUGCAUGAAGAAGAGGGUAGGAUGGUGGCUGAGGCGACCAAUGAGAGGUUUCUGAUGGUAGACGGGGUCAGCCGAGUUCCCGUCAAACAGGGAAAUAUUCGUGGGGUGCUUUUUACUCCCCCAGGUGAAGGGCCGUUCCCUGCUGUGUUGGAUCUGUACACGUUUGGUGACGGUCUGUCGGAGAAAAGAGCCGCUCUGCUGGCCAGCCGAGGAUUCUUGGUUCUGACGGUGGCGCUGUACGGUCACGAUGACCUGCCCAAGAACAUUAAGGAAGUCCAUCUGGAGUAUUUUGAAGAAUCCAUCAAAUUUCUAAAGAACCAAGAUAAGGUGGGCAGUAAUGGAGUCGGCAUCAUCUCCCUUUCUAAAAGUGGAGAUCUCGCUCUGUCAGUCGCAUCGUACCUCCCAGGAGUCCAGGCUGUCGUCUGUAUCAACGGCUGCUCCGCUAAUGUAGCCUUACCCCUUUAUUAUAAGAAUAGACAGAUUCUCUCAGCAUUGAAGUUUGACAUCAACAAAAUGAUUUCCACAGAGUCUGGAGCCUUUAUCACCAAAUAUGGCAUGCAUGAUACUCUGAAGGAGGAAAACAAGGCAUCCCUGGUGCCUAUCGAACGAGCAAGCGGACAAUUCCUGUUUGUAGCUUCAGAGGACGACUUCAACUGGGACAGCAAGGCCUACAUGGAUGAGAUGGUGGACAGACUAAAGCGUCAUGGGAAGGAGAACUUUGAGAGUGUGAGCUACCCUGGAGCCGGACAUUAUUUAGAGCCCCCGUUUGGACCGUACUGCCCCUCCAGCUUCCAUGGAGUUUGGGGCUUUGUGGAGGAACGCCGACAUGUCCGGCCAUCGCUGCUGCAUUCACGGCUGUUCCAGUCGUUCACACGGUAAGAACGAAGAGAAAUUAAACAACGGACUGCGUUUCUUCUGCUUUCCGAGGUGGAAGAAACAUGAAGACGAACUUGUGUCGGAGAUGACCGUAUGGCCUGGGUAACAGCAGUUGGAAGGAACGAUGUCACUUUCGACUGCAUUUUACCAUCAAAAAUGGUCUGCUUCCUUCAUUUUCAUUCAGGUACGCUCUCGAUUUAAUACACACUAGUAAAAGUGAAGUAAAAGUAAAAGUGUGUGUGGUAUUUUGCACUAGUGUUGCCAUUUUCUAUGUGGAGACCAUGAACGCAUCUCUGAAGAUGCUGUUUCUGCACAGUCAGCAGGUUAGACCUCAGAAAUCCUUUCUAAACCGAUAAAUAGUCGUCUGGUUGUUAAACAUUCUAUUCUGCGCAUGUGUAAAACUCAAGGCGCGGGGGCCUUUGAAUUCGACUCUACUAACUCGGUUAAUGUUUUUCCAGGAAAACCAGCGUAUGAAAUGCUAACGACCCAUCCUGACUGGAAAGCGUCUCUGCUGCUGGGCCAGAAGCAGGUCAGGCAAGAAAAAGAGCGGCAGGAGAUGCCACACACAGCCGAGGUUGUGCAAAACUGAAGAGGAAGAGGAGAAACGGGAGGAAACUGGCCUCUCACAACCUGUCGAGGAAAGUUCAGAGGAAAACAUGCUUGACCAAUGUGCUUUGAAGCAAAUCACUAGUCUAAAGAGUGAACUCACUGAACUUACAGAACUGUUCUUAAGGGGUGACAAAAAGGUAAAAUAUUACACCGGACUUCAGAGCCAUUCCACUUUUCAGGUCUUGUUGCGCCACAUCAAACCUUUCCUGCCGCAGGUUGCAACAAAGUUGACUCACUCAGAUGGUUCUCCUCACCUUAAUGCGUCUGAAGUUGAAUUUUCCAGUGGAUCUGAUAAGUUAUUUAUUUAACGUGCAGCAAGAAACCGCUAACGCUGCAUUCGAGGACAUGGUCGCUGCGUUGUACACACUGGUCCACUGGCCGCACAGAGCGGGUGUGGGUCAGUAUGCCUCAGCUGCUCCUGGAGACAUUUGGAAGACAGCUUAUCAUGGUCGUCGACUGCUUUGAGGUUUCCACGGAGACGCCUCCAAUAUGGAGUCAGGGGACGGACACAGUGGCACGGUGAAAUACGUCACCGGCAUCGCUCCGCAGGGAGUCAUUUCCUUCACCUCCAGAGGCAGGAGGGGGGGCAGCAGUGACGUAGAAAUCACAGAAAGCUGUGGUCUGCUGGACAAACUGCAGCCGCAUGACGUAGUUCUGCGUUUUAACAUGAAGGACGAUCUGGGCAUGGUGUGUGCUGAGGUCAAAAGGUCAUCACCAUUCGGCCACUGUGAACUGGAUCAGAAGACAGCUGAGGAAACAAGACGGCUAAUGCACUUUAGAAGCCAUGUAAGGAGAAUUAUUGGUUCUGUUUGCAACAAAUAUAAAACAUUAAAUUCAAGCUUUCCCAUCAGGAUGAUUGGACCGUCUGAGGGAGAGAGCGAGACGCUGCUAGACAAGGUUGUAGCAGUUUGUUGUGCACUUAUAAAUCUGUGUCCAAAUGGUGUUCUUUCAUUGCAAAAAGGAAAUUAACAAAUACUGUAGGGCAGAUGUGAACUCUUGUAAUAUUAUGACUUUGUUUUCGUACGAAUUUCUCUUAAUAUUAUGACUUUAUUCUUGUAGUUUUAUUUUUUCUUAGUAUGGCCGUAAUACAUGUGUGUUACAAAUGUCACAUAGUUGUGAAAGGUCACAUUGCAAACCAAUAAAACUUAGAAUUCUUCUGUAA